AUGGCUAGACAGAUAAUACCCCUUCCAAGACCCACCAACGUCGCUUAUGGAAACGAGUCCGGCGCCAAGUUCAAGAUUGGGCAAGAAGGCGUCAACGACAACAGCUCAUGCUGCAGGAACAAAAAAAUCUCGGAUGACCGGUUCAAGUCUCGGACAAAUCUACACGGACAGGAAGAAGGCGCAGGAUCGGGGUCGGGACAUGCUGCUGCAGCCUCUGCUGCAUGCGCUUCGCCCUCGAGUUCUCCCUUACAGUUGACGCAGGAGACUCUUGAGGCUACAGAUCAAGAUAUAUCAAUAACGGCUUCACAGUUAGAUACGCUCCUCAAGCUCGAAACCUUAGUUGCAAUCAACUCUUCAUUAAAGGACUCAUCGCCAACAUCUCAACCACCAAGAUCGUCCCUCGAGGCAACCUUCACCACGAAGAAGGCUCGGUCAAGAAAGGCAACUACCUUGCUUCCUCCCCCCCGCAUGAGCUCUAGGGUUGUCGUGAACAAGACUCUGUGCGAGGCAAGCCCGGACGACGCCACCACAUCCGACAAGUCAUUGUUACUGGUUAAACAAGAGGAACAGCGUCAUGACGACCGCGAGCAGGUCGUCAAAGAUUGUACCCAGAAUUCGGAGUCAAUGGGUCCCAGCAUGUCCCUGGUGAAGAUUGAACAAGCCGUGGAGAAGGAAGGAGGCUUAUUGGGCACAGGCAAGAACGAGGCUGCUACAAAGGCAGGCAGAGGCAGACUGGCCAAGCGCAGGGGAGUGAAAGCAGUUGCAGUAGGUCCAAGACUUCCCAGACCACCACGUAUCCGACUCAUCGUGGGCAAGAGGAGUGAAGGGAAGCUCGUCACAGACUUUGCAAAAGGCGACGGUAACAGCAGCGAGAACAAGGUCAAGGGCAAGGGCAAGGAGGAAGACACGGACAAAGAGAGAGUGAAGGAGGGCAACCACCAAGUUCAAGUCCUUGUCACGUCUCGCCCUGGACCUUUCUGCUACAAGUCCUCCAACGAGGUCAUCCAUCGACAUGUCCUUCUCUUGAAGAAACGUCGAUAA